GUGCAGUCAGUAUCGAGUUGUCGCGCACCGUGCGAGCGCGUGUCUAUCGCGUGUUCUUAAUUUGAAAUUUUAAGUGAAAAAAAAAACACGUUUCAAAAAUGGCUUGUCCCAUGAGGUCUAUGAUGGACGAGAGCUCGGCUCAGGAAGGUAACCAUCUCGGCAACGAGGCUGGUAUGCUGUACGGAGAGUACCUGAUGCUGGACAAACUACUCUCAGCUCAGAGGAUGCUCAGCUCAGAGUCCUCUAAGCCAGUGCAUGAUGAGCAUCUGUUUAUUAUCACUCAUCAAGCCUACGAGCUAUGGUUCAAGCAGAUAAUAUUCGAGGUAGACUCUGUGCGGGCAUUGUUGGACGUGGAGGGACUGGACGAAAGCCACACUAUGGAGAUACUGAAGAGGUUGAACAGGGUCGUGCUCAUAUUGAAGUUGCUGGUGGACCAGGUGAUGAUCCUGGAGACGAUGACUCCCCUGGACUUCAUGGACUUCAGGAACUACCUCCGUCCUGCCUCCGGUUUCCAGAGCUUGCAGUUCCGUUUGCUUGAAAACAAGCUGGGUUUAAAGCAAGCCUUGCGAGUCAAAUACAACCAGAGUUACCAGACUGUAUUCGGAGACGACCCUGAGGCCAUGGAGGCAUUGCACAAGUCCGAGCAGGAGCCAGCGUUACUAGCUCUGAUCGAGCGUUGGUUGGAACGGACACCAGGUCUGAACACACACGGCUUCAACUUCUGGGGCAAGUUCCAAGCAGCCGUCAGCAAACUCAUCAAGGAUGAUAUUGAUGCUGCUUCGCAUGAGACCAACGAGACAGUUCGUCGCCACCGCCUGCAGGAUGCAGAGAACAGGCGCGAGAUAUAUCGCUCUAUCUUCGACCCCGCUGUACAUGACGCGCUCAGGUCCAGGGGAGAAAGGAGGUUGUCCCAUAAGGCGUUGCAGGGAGCCAUCAUGAUCACGUUCUACAGAGACGAGCCUCGGUUCUCCCAGCCGCACCAACUCCUCACACUCCUCAUGGACAUCGACAGCCUCAUCACCAAGUGGCGAUACAACCACGUGAUCAUGGUGCAGCGUAUGAUUGGAUCCCAGCAGUUGGGCACUGGCGGCUCCUCAGGAUACCAGUACCUCCGAUCCACUCUCAGUGAUCGCUACAAAGUCUUCUUAGAUCUUUUCAACCUGUCAACGUUCCUGCUACCUCGCUCUCUGAUACCUCCACUAGAUGACAACAUGAAGAAAAGCCUAACCCUAACAUGGGGCGACAAAGAAAAUGGACAAAACAUGCAAAAUGGUGCACAUUCCCAAAAUUCCCAAAAAGAAACGAACGGCGAAGGUCCCGAAACAACAUUAUGGCAAUAGAAACGUGUAUUAGAAUUUAAUUUCGUCGUUUUAAGGUGUUUUUUAGAAAUUGUGACACGCAAUUUAUUUUUUAGUUUAUAGAAACCUUGUUUGUAAUAUAAAAUAAUGAGGGUUACCGUUUUUGCGGUUCCUAGAUGGCGCCACUGUCGUUUAUAGUCUGUCAGAGAUUCGCUACAAGACUACUGGUCGAAACAUGUUUACGGAAGAUCCUAAUGGCUAAAUAAAGAGCGGUAGUCCUCAUUUAACAAGCUCGAAUAGUAAAUUUUAGGUAACACUUAAGUUUAACGCUGCCUCUGUAGUUUUAAGAUCUGCAUUAGUUAAUUGUUGGUAAUUUUUAAAACAUCAAACAUCUACUAUAAAAUGAAGUUGGAUUACUAAGCAUUCUAAACUUAAAGGAUUAACAUAAAAGCCUAAUUUCUACAUAAAUAUUUACAACUUAAAAUUAACUACAACUAAACUAUUAAAUAAAACGAAAGCCUAAUUUUAAUUGAUUGAAAUGCAAUUUGAUAGGUGUUUAAUUUUUAUAGAAAACUAGCUACUAUUUGUUCGCGUUACCGUCAGAUAAAAGUACCCUUUGUGUUAUUCCAUACCAGAAUUUACCCCUGUACCCUUUUUAUUUUUAGAUGACUGGGGGAAACCUUCAUAAAGUGCCUAGUUCUUUGGGGUGAAAGACUUAGGAAGUGUGGGAUUCGUACCUCAGCACCUGUAAGGGGUAUCGGGUCUUCUGAAAAGACCUGCUCCGGAGCCCCCACGGUGCAACGGCAAAUAAUUAACCCCUGUACCUAAUUUUAUCCCGAUCCCUUCAGCCAAUAUGACAUGAUUGAAUAACAAACACAAAAACUUUAGUUUUUAUAAUAUUAGUAAGAUGUCCUGAUACCCUGAAAAUAAUAUUUAUUUCAAUCUAAUGAUCAGAUAAUAAUUUUCGUUUACUGUUUGCUGGAAUUGAUACCAUUCAUACCAAAUACUUUAUUAUAAUUAUGUAUUUUUAAAUUAUGACAACAUAUUAAUGUAAGAAAUCUCGAAUUUAAUGCAAUAAUGUAUGUACCUAUCCUGCAAUUGGGUAGUUUCCAGGGUAUCAAUAUUAAAAAUCUAAUCAGUCCGUCAGUUAG